GUGUAUGUGAGUAUGUGCGUGUGUGUUGUAUUAGUCCUCUGUGCCUACGAUGUAUCUACUUUGAUUUUACACAGCGAACUUUCGAAUGAUGCAAACCGUUACAGCUAAGUCAGACCUGGGGCCCCAAGGGGAUAAAAUGAUGUCCAUUCGUGCGAAGACUUACGGUGUGUUCAAAGGAUUACAGUUUUCACGUUUACUUUCUGAGUGAUAAGUUUCUUGUGAUAAGUUUGUUAGGAUAAGUUUUUUUUCUGAUAAGUUAUUUCAUGAUCAAAAUGUGUCGGAUUAUCAGAAUUUUAUAAUAAUUUGGACAUCGUAGGUUUGUGUGGUCGCAUUGUACGUCAUCACCUGGACAUGUCACAUGACACCUUUGACAGAUUUAGAUCUAAUUCGUCACUAGUCAUUACCACAGGAGGACCAUAGCUGAAGACACGUGAAUCAGCAAUGACCUGGAGUCGAGACUUUUCUUUCCCAUUGGUCAUUUGUUUGGCUUUGAUAAUAACUACUAUUUCAAAUAGUCAAGUAAUCACCGGUGUAAGACCCAGUACGCCAAACCAGGCCACUGCAAGUCGUAUUAGCGCCUUAUGCCCGACAGGAUGGCUGCCGGCGUCAGUCCCCAAGCCUGGCUACGACCUUAUCACGAACCAGUUAUGCCUGAAGCUCAACCUACCAGAGAGAAGAUGGGCCGAUGCUGUAGAUCAGUGCAGGAUGUCCAAGGGCUUUAUGGUCAAGCUGGAUUCCAUAGUAAUGGUCAAGGAAACGCCGUUGUUUGAUUACCUCCGCCAAAGAGACGUCAAUUCUGUUUGGUCAGGCAUGCAUCAUAAGUAUGGCUCAUUACUUUGGGAUGACCUUCACCCCAAGAUGGUCAAAGUUUACAUAGGGGAAAAUGAACCCUACGGUUGGAGAAAGAGAGGCUACGCCUUCGAUCAAAGCUCUUAUGUUCUCGGAGACAAGACCUGUGGCUAUUUAACACUAGCCACAAACCAAACCAGCAAAUCCAAUAAACUGGACAGGAGGUUAAGGAGGUCACCAGGAGACCUGACCGUUCGGCCAUCAGAAGUGCCCAAACCCAAAGAUAAAGCCCAGCCCGAUAAACCAGUGAACCUACACGUUGACCAUGAUGACAGCCCAUCAAAAGCCCAGCCUACAGCUGGACAAAAGAAGACCGCUACACCACGUGUGCUGUCAAACACUACCACCCAGUCAACAACAACUGACCAGUCCGAUCAAGAGGACAACGAACACCCUGGACCAACAACCCUGCAUCCUCCCUUCCCAGGAGAGACCACUAGCAAGCCGACCACGCCCCAGAAGCAGUCCGCUAAAGGGACAUCACUGCCAUCGUCCACAUUAGCACUGACGACAGCUGAGCCUUUCGGGUUUCCGAGUCUAAUUGAUACUUUGUAUAACCCCUCGAGCGACAUGUCCCUGGAUAGCUCGCCUCUUUCAGACUUCGGGACUCAGGAGGAAGUACAGGUCGGUCGAAAGGAUAAACGUCUAGAAGUUGCUUUCGACACCAAAAUACCAAAUGCAAGGCUACCAAAGGCAGCUAACUCCUCUGAGAGUAUAGAGAGCAAAGAACAAGUGAGCCCUUCUUGGCUUAAGACAGUCACAAACUCUAAACAGAACUCAACUUCAGUGGCGUCACCUGUAACCACAGUCAACCCGACCCAAGCAUCUACCACUCCAUCUACAGCAAGUAAACCCAUCACAAUGGCUUCAACCCUGGACAAAGCAACAAUAAAACUUUCUCAAAGCCUGGACAUCACCACAGCAGCUAUUUCAACAUCUACGACGACUGCACCUUCAAACGCUGAAGUACAAACUACAAAGAGUACCAAAGCCUUAGAGACUACAACGACAGACUCCGAGAGCUCCAAAGAAAAUUCGGAUUCGUCUUCUAACGAAUCUGGAACUACAAUUAAUUCAACAAUGGCUUCAUUGGCUAACAUUCAGAAUUCUACAGCUGAUCAGACAACAGGACCGACUUCAGGGACAACAACGUAUGCAGAUACUUCAACGCCAGUAGAAACAACUAACUCGACAACAACCACAGCAACAACAACACAGUCAACCGAUUCGAUUACAACGACUACUCAGGCUACAUCUACAUUGACACAAACAACAGAAUUAACAAAGCCACCUCAAGCACUAGAAUCAACAACGACACCACCAACGCAGAAUCAAGAAGCGACAACAUCACAACAGGCCCAGGACUCAAUAAAUAAGCCAACACAAACCCAGGACUCAUCGACAACGUCUACACAGAAUCAAACAUCAAUUACAACUCCAGCCCAGGCAUCUGAACAUUUAACGCUAAAUCAGACAUCAAAAGCUUCAGAAGCUGUUGAGUCAACCACUAGAGCAUCAACCACAACAGAAUCAGUAUUGCUCUCAUCUUUUACAGGCACAGUACAGAAUGAUUCCUUAUCUGCAUCAAUCAAGCAAAACUUCACAGCAUCAACUGAAACAAUUCCGAACCCUAAAAAAAUAUCAAACAUGAGUAAAGGUGAGGUGUCCUCCAGUGCAGAGUCUCAAGACUCAUCCCAAGAGCAGGUCGCAACUCUUGACGAUGACAUCUUCCCCAUGCAGUCAUACCUGAAUCUACUUCUGCCUUCCACCAAACAGCAGCAUCAAAUUCCUUCCACAACAGGCAGCCCGUCAUCCUCCGCAGACUCCCAAGAGUCUUCUGAAGAAAGAGAUUUUUUCGCAGCCAUGCGAGCCACAAUGCCAGCACCUCCAGCAGAUGUCAUGAGCCUGGGAGACUGCAAUGAGGAGAAGGCAUCACUUUGUUUCACUGAGGCGAUUGAUCAACUGUCUUUAGUUAGCCACUGUGAGAGAAACUGGUAUGGCCAUCGUCUUCUGGACAGAUGCUACAAGCCGCUGACCGUCAGCGUGACGGAAAUGGAGGCCAAGCAGCAAUGCUUACGUCAGAGCGGCAGCCUUGCUGCGGGAGACACUGAUUUCUACGGGAACGUGACGGCCAUAUUGCAGGACAUGUUAGUGGCCAAUAAAAUGGCGGGAAAAAGAAUUUGGCUUGACACUUCACUAAAUCUGGAUAUUCCUGGAGGUAAUGGUUUGUGUUCAGCUUUGGAAAAUGGCCAGAUUUCGAGAGUAAGCUGCAGCUCCAGACUAGCUGUCAUUUGCCAGAAAGACGCACAGUUUGUUAGGACGUUGGAAGAUUUCCGAGACAAACUCGAGGCGAUCACCUACAUACAAAAUAUGACGUCUUUCCAACCCCAAACACUGCCUUGCCCGCUGGGAAUGACAGCUUUUGAUGACGUCAUCGUCUGGUUUAAAGACGGCCGACCCAUCGACGACCUCAAGGAUGACGACAGCACAUCUUUCGGACCAAAGAAUGGACAACUCCCCAACAGCCUUGAACUUGACCUGAGCAUACUGAAGAGAAUAGGGGAGACUAGCCCGGUGUAUCUCAAGCCUCCAAUGCUCCAGGGAGAAUACUGGUGUGAGAUUUGGAGGAAAGCCCCUUUCCGUAGGAUUCCCUCCAAUAAAAUCUACAUCAAAUUUACAGAUGUGAUCACUUUGAGAGGAGUUAUCUUCACCGAGCCCAUAAGCUAUACGGACGCAGCCAUCUUUAACCGGAUGGGACAGAAAGUGGGCGUGCCCGCUGCCAUGGAGAUGCGUCUGUCAAUCAUGAACAAGAACAUCACGAACUACUUGAGAGGUAUCCUCCCCAUCAUCCGUGACGUCAUCACCUCCAUCAAGAGUGUCAGUGCCGAUGAGGGCCAGUCUGAGUUUGUGACCUACAUCUCGACCUCUACUGGUGACCUUCCGCCCCACAUGCGGGGUAAUGUGGCCGACCUCUACUUGUCAGCGUUCUUUGAAGCCCUGGUCUUGAAUGAGGACGUCAUCAGAACUGAGUGGAAUCUGACUCUCCCUUUGAUCAGGGCCGUGUCCGUAUCCAUGACAGACUUAUGCCCAGAGAAGACCCUGGUAGACCCCAAGACCAACUUCAGUGCCACAUUUCCAAGCACACCAGUCAACACGCAGACAUACAGCAGGGAUUACUGCAAUAAUGCAUAUUCCGGUAAUGCUUACUGCAAAGGUAACUUACAGACUGGUGCUUACUGGGAUUCUUGGACCAUCUCGCAGUCUUGUCUCUUGUUGAACGUGUCAGCGCCUGUGCCUGGCAGCGCCCUCAACGGUCCAACCAAUGGAAGAGUUACGAACACGUCAGCUGAUGGGGCCAGCACUAAGCUUCCCAAUGUUAUAACAGUGCCAGACUCGGCCAUGUUAGACCCAGACAGCGUAAAACCGCAAGUGGAUGACGUGUCCACAUCUGUUGACCUACUUACGCAAGUACUCAAUCAGACCACCAAUCUGACGGACCUGGACAUCCACACGGUGGCACACUUGGUCAACAAUAUAGCCUCGGUCAACGUGCCCCCACGAGAGGUUGGUCAAAUGUUGAUUCAGACGGUAAACAAGAUUUUGGACGCCCCACCGGAAGUGCUCUUAAAAGCCGAGGAGGAGAGCCACGCCCCGUCAAGAAUGCUAGCCAACCUGGAGCAGUUUGGAGCUAAGGUGGACAUGGAAGGUCAGACUCGGCUGCGCUACGUGACUCCAAAUGUGGCCAUGGAGCUGUGGAACCUGCAAAACUCGAACGACGUGGUCAUUGGGUUCGGAGCCACAGAGACGAACAGUUGGUCCGAGCCACUGGAGGAGCCAAGAAUAGUCACCAUUAAGAAUCGAACCUGGUCAGAACAGAACUUGCCAGGUUUUGAUGUGGCUAUUGAGUUGCCUGAAAGUCUGGUCAGAAAUACCGUCAAACAUUCACAACGAGACCUGGACAAGGCGUUACGUCUCACCAUGUUCCUCUACCGGAAGACGUCUGCCUUCCUGUCCUUGAGCCCAGGGGAGACCCCUAGCGGUGACAUUAACAGCGCCAUUAUCUCGGCCAGCCUCGGAGAGCGCAGGAUAGAAGGUCUAGACGAGAAAGUCAGACUGGUCUUCAAACCUUUCAAGGAGACCAAAAACAGGGAGCAGGAAACGAAAUGUGUCUUCUGGGAUACCGAGACGAGUGAGAGUCCUGUAUGGUCCACUAAAGGCUGCACCUACAAUGGCACCCUGAACGGACGAGAUGUCUGCCUGUGUGACCACCUGACCAAUUUCGCAAUCCUUUUGGAUUUCUACGGAGAUGAGAAAUCCCAAGGUGUGUCUGCUGCCAAUGAGACAUCCCUGAAUGUGCUGACUCUGAUAGGCGUCAGUUUGUCCAUAUUUGGUCUUGCAAUUACUAUCAUAACAUUCUUGGCAUUUAAAAAACUUCGACAAGGUCGAGCUCAGCAGACGUUAUUCAACAUGGCCAUCGCCUUGCUCUGUUUCCAGACGACAUUCCUAGUGGGCGUGAAGCAGACGUCGAUCAAGUCCGUCUGCCUGACCGUCUCGGUCCUGCUCCAUUACUUCAUCCUCGUCUCCUUCGCCUGGAUGUUGAUUGAGGCCGUGCUGCAGUACCUGACAUUCGUCAAAGUCCUGGGAACCUACAUCUCAAAGUACACACUGAAGACUGUCCUGUCUGCCUGGGGCUUCCCUUUAAUCCCAGUGGUAGCAGUGUUGGCCACGGACUAUAAUCUCUAUUACGGCCGAGCUAAUUAUUGCUGGAUGAACCUGUACGCUUUCUACUACGCCUUCGCACUUCCGGUCGGCAUCAUCAUAGUCUUCAACAGCAUCAUGUUCUUCAUCAUCAUCAUCAGCCUCAUCACACGGCCCAAAGGCCUCCGUAGCAACCAGAGUAACAACAAGACAAGGGAGACUAAUCUCAAAGCAGCUUUCACUAUCUUCGUUUUGCUCGGGUUAACGUGGCUGUUUGGUUACUUCGCCAUUGAAGAUGCCCGGGCAGUGUUUCAAUAUGCCUUCACCAUCCUCAGCUCCAUGCAAGGUUUUCUCAUCUUUAUUCUGAUGGUGGUGCGUAGAAAGCAGGUACGUGACCUCUGGAGGGCGGCCUGUUGUGAGCGGCGCCAGACCCAGAAGAGCAAGCAAAAGAAGCAGCUGUCCCCAACAUCGUCCAGCUCCAUGUCCUCCAGCAACAGCCUCAGCAACAGCAACCGAACCCUUCCCAGCUUCAUCAACCACGCCUAUGAUGUGGGCGCGCUGGUCCUCAGGCCAGAGCUUAGGCGAGAAAAUUCCGUGUCCAUCUGAUGUGUUAACUUUCCUUAUAUGUAUUUGUCUUUUUUGUCCUUUUCAAUGUCUGUCUAUGCAUAUGUAUAUAUCUAGUAUAUCCUGCCAAUGGUUCUUGCCGAUUACCAACCAUGCUCCCUUAAAAACAUUUUUUUUUCAACCUUUAUUUUUAUGUUAGUCCAUUAGUCAGAUACAUAGAUGCACAGUGGUAAGAAUCUCAAUAAAGAACUUCUUCUAUGCAGUUGUAUCACUGUAACUGGAAAAAAUGAACAUGGAAAUUCUUAGGAAGAUUGUUAAUAAAACUAAUUGUAUAGAGCCAUACCUCCCAGUUCCUGAUUGACAGAUGUAAAAAGCAGAGAUACUCUCUCCUCCAGUGCCUCACUCUCAGAGGGGUGGGGGGUCUCCUUUAAAAUAUAUAUAUAAGCUUUAAAAAGAUAAGAUAAGAUAAGAUAGAUAACAUAAUUUUUAUUGGUCCAAUCAAAUGGAAAUUCAGUUUGACUACAAUUGACCACCUCAGCGUAACUACUGUAACAAUAACAAUAUAGAUGCAAAUACGAACAACAUUCACACACGAAACACAUACACACUCACAACCAAGGCUUUAUGAAUUAGACUUUUAUGUACUUCUCGAUGACGACAGCUGAUCUGACCGAAAUUGGGAUAAAGGAAUUUUUAAAUCUUUCUGUUUAAGUCUAAACUGCGUUCAGUAUCCUUUUUUUUUUUAUUAUAUAUAUAGUUCGUCCAUCGUGGUUCGAUGAUGACCAUUUUUUAUUAUAAAAAUAGACCUAAAUCUAAAUCUAUUUCAAUUUUUAAUUGUUUUAAGUGUUUAGACUAUAAUGGCUAUCGAAUAGGAUAUUCUCAAACACAUUGACUUCAAUAGCUUGAUCGAAUAAUUUUUUAAGGCCUAGUCUAAAAUAAGGGCUCUGUUGAAAUACAGGCUGUCAACACUAAAUCAAUAUGUAUGCUGCCUUGAUAAUAAUCUGAUCCACUAGAUCACAUAAUUGAGUAUUUUACUCAGCAUUAUUUUCUCAAUGCUCGUUUAAAUGUUGAAUAUUAUUUUAAAACAAAAUGGAUAGUUCUUUACAAAUAUGAUAUCCUUAUACUUAGAUAUAGCAGUAUUGCAAUUUUAAAAAUUAAAGUCUUCGAAAUAUGUUAGGGUAUAAUUCUACAGAAUCAUGCCUAGGGCGGCCCUAGGGCUUCCACACAGUUAACUCCGGCAUUGUGUAAGCUCACUAUAGAUAUAGUCAGACGGGAUGUAGUGUUGUUUGAUAGAAGUGUUUUCUUUGUACACAAAAACAAAACUGGAAAUUGUUAUUCGAAACGAAACCAUGUGUCAUAUUUGUUUACAGAUGUCGUCUGCACAUGCGCCAUUGUCUGCUUUGAGUUCUGUAAUUUCAGUCAGCUAUCUGUAAUUGUGUCAGCUAUGAUGUAUUACAGAAUAUGUGCUUGUUUUUUUUUUUUUAAAUCUUGUGCUAGUUAUUCAGUUUACGAUAAACUAUGGCAGGGACGCAGGGGAAUUAAAACACACAGAGGGGAGGUGACUAGCUAAAAAAAUGAUGCUACGAAAAAUGUUUGAGUUAUCUUUCUUUUUUUAUUUUAUUUUCGUAUUUGUUAUGGAUUAUUUUAAAUUUUUGUUUUUAUAUUUAAAUAAAAUAUUUUCUAAAUAGAUACUUGGUUUUUUAAGACCUAAAUAUGCUUCAAUAUAAAUAACAAUGACAUUUUUUUUUUCAAAUGUAACUACGGAUAUCUGUGAAACAAAUAGGAUAUGGCCAGCCUAAGCGAUUACAACGUCUCAACUUUUAAAAACUUUCACCUACUUCUGAAAUCGUUUGUAAUAUAUACUGUAACAAUUUCACUCUUUUAGUUUUUAAUCAGGUCUAAGAGUUCAGCUAUAUAUGCUAUAUAUACCUAGCAUACAGCCAUUCAGUAUCUAGGUCCCAAUUUUAAUAACCUAGAUAAGUGUUUAUUCUGAUCAAACAAUGUUUCUAUGUAAUGUCUGCACUGAAGCUUUAAAAUUCCAAUUCAAAAUGAUACUUGUAAAAACAAAAUAUCCUUUUCAAACCUUGCGCUCCAACGUUUUAACGAGCGUGCUAUCAAGCCAGCACAACGACCAAACCGCCUUACUUUCCCAAACCAAUUUCAAGUACCCCCCAACCAUGUGUCCUAAACACCCUGAAGUUGAACAAUCCUGCCUUCACACACCGAGAUUUGAAUCCGGCACGCCUCGGUUUGAAAGUCAAGCGCUUAACCACUGUGCCACCACGCCCCAUAUGCGUGUGCUGCGUAAAAAUGUUACUUUUACUUUAAACAGUUACAUUUACAGAAUUUAAUUUUUUUUUGAGGGGGGGGGGGGAGAUAAUACUGAAAAGCACAUAUACUGACCAAAACAACAAAAAUGCAGGCUAAUCCCACAAAGGUCUGUUUAGAUUUCCGGCCCUCUUCCUGCAUUAAUAGAAUGACUCGCCUAGUAUAUGAUUUGUUGUUGUUGUUGUUUUUUUUAGAUUAGACAAAAUCUUUGUGAGGAAGACAGAAGUUCUUUAAUUGAAUAUUAUAUUUCAUUUCGUGAACGUCUUAAUUCAAGUUCUAGUUAUUUGCAUGUAAUAUCUUGCUCUUUAUAGAUUUUUCUUAGUUUAACAACUUUUUUAAUUACUAUGUUACAGUAAAGUUGUUGUUUUUUUUUAUUCGAGAUUUUUAUGAUGAACUAAACAAGAAACGCUAAAAUGAGCUUCAGAAUUGCCAACAAAAUAUAAGCUACAGUGCGGAGGGUAUGGGCAACUUCUGCAAUUCCCAAAUGAGGUUACAAAUCUAUCCGAAAUCUUUAAAAAAAAAAAAAAAAGUAGCGUAUCAAAAAAUUUGCACUGGUUACACCAGAAAGCUUAGUAUGCACAAUUUUUUUCUGCCACAUAUAAGGAUCUCUAAUAACUGAAGUAAAACAAACAUUGAAUAUCGGCGUGCUGAAAUGGACAGACUUUGCCAUAAUCAUUUGUCUUCAGUCUACUAAGUGUUAUACUUUGGGCUCGCUUCUAAUUCUUAUCUUAUCUUAUAUAAUACAGACGUUACUUCAAAAAAAAAAAAAAAAAAAAAAAAAAAAAAAAAAAGAAGAA